GGAAAGGCGACAGUGAGUGUGUCUGUGCAUUCGGGGAGGGGGGUCCCCAUUCCCCGCCCCUUCCCCCGCCCCUUGGCCGCAGCACGGCUGGCCCGGGAGGGUAGGGGCGGAGCUGGCGUCGCCUCAGGGGCGUGAGGUCGACCGAGGCCCGGCAGGGCAGGCAGGCGGGCGGACUGAGCACACGCAGAGCGGAGGACCGGCAAAAGGAGGAGACCCAGGGCGCUGGGAUGUGACCCGCGGCCAGACGAGGGCUCAGCGCUUGCCCACCCAGGCAGACUCGAGCAUCUUCAGGUCCUGCCACUGGACACCUGGCCCCUCCGCCCAGCCUGACCAUGGCGUUGUGCCUGAAGCAGGUGUUCGCCAAAGACAAGACCUUUCGGCCACGGAAGCGCUUCGAGCCCGGCACACAGCGUUUUGAGCUGUAUAAAAAGGCACAGGCGUCGCUCAAGUCUGGCCUGGACCUGCGCAGUGUAGUGAGGCUGCCGCCUGGAGAAAACAUUGACGACUGGAUCGCCGUGCAUGUGGUGGACUUCUUCAACCGCAUCAACCUCAUCUACGGCACCAUGGCGGAGCGCUGCAGCGAGACCACCUGCCCGGUCAUGGCCGGAGGGCCUCGCUACGAGUACCGCUGGCAGGACGAGCGCCAGUACCGGCGGCCAGCCAAGCUAUCCGCGCCACGCUACAUGGCCUUGCUCAUGGACUGGAUCGAGAGCCUCAUCAACGACGAGGAUGUCUUUCCCACACGCGUUGGAGUUCCCUUUCCCAAGAACUUCCAGCAGGUCUGCAACAAGAUCCUGACCCGCCUCUUCCGUGUCUUUGUCCACGUCUACAUCCACCACUUCGACAGCAUCCUCAGCAUGGGGGCUGAAGCACAUGUCAACACCUGCUAUAAGCACUUCUACUACUUCAUCCGCGAGUUCAGCCUGGUGGACCAACGGGAGCUAGAGCCACUGAGGGAAAUGACAGAGCGGAUCUGUCACUGAGCCCAGGCCUGGACAUUGUUGCCUGUCAGAUGGACCAUCUGAACACAGAGUGGCUAAGGGAGGGGACCCUCAGGAGUCUGGUGGCAGAGGAACCUGAAGGCCCUGGGACCCCCUCCACACAUCCAAAGCCCCUUGACUUCUGGUUCUCAGGAGUGUGCCCACAUGUCCCCUGACUGCUUGUGAAUGGAGAGGGGGAAUAUUUAAAGGUGGGAAAACAGAAGGAAAGGAAGGGCUAAACCUCUGACAUGAAGUCUGGGGUUGGGGUAGGCUAGAGGCUUUCUGCUCCGAUAUGUGACCUUUCCAAGCUUACCUGGGAAAUUGUGGAUGUGGUUGAGGUGAUGGCAAGUCAGGUACAAGAGAGUGAGCAGCCUGUGUGUGAGUGAGCACAGAUGACUGUGUGUGUGUGUGUGUGUGUGUGUGUAUUUGACUGUGGGGUGUGUCUGUGAGAGCUGGCUGCCUUAGACCCUCCAUAGCACAUAAGAGGCCCUCAUAAAUGUUAGAUAAAUGGAUGAAUGGAAGAAACCAAGGAAUGAGGGAGGUAGGGGAGGAGGGAUUAGGACCAUCAGACUAUGACCACUUUCAGAGUGAUGACAGGUCACUGUCCCCACUUGGCAUGUCUGGCAAAUGUGUAUAAGUGCACAAAAUGUGGUUGUAGAGGUAGCUCUGUGAAACUUCUAGGCUACGUUCUUCCAUCAGCAUGAAUUCUGAAGAGCUGUGAAGAGGUAGGAAGAGGAUCCUCAUCCUAGGUACCUAAAGCCAUAGUCCACCACAGACACAGGUUCUGAUUGCUCAGCCAGAGAUGCCCGUUUGCUGUCAUUUAACUCGUUCCUCUGCCUCCAGGAAAGCCUGAUUAUAGACAGCCUCUUGGGGGUUGGGGAUGAUCCCUCAUGUCCACAAAGUUCCACUGGUUCUUAAAUUGGGAAUCACAUGAUCCAGUCUAGCUCCCAGAAUCUGAAGUCCAGCACAGAAAAUCCUCCAACCCAAGGAUCUAGUGGAACUCGAAUUGGGAAAUUCCAGAGUCUUGUCUCCCAUCCUGGGACAUUGAGGACCACGUGACUAGUGAAUGGACCCUUCCAAGCUUGGAGAGCCCCCAUCCUGCAAGUACUUGCCUCUUUCCCAACUAUCCCUGAGACAUUCCAGCUGGUUGGCUCUCAGAGCAUAGCUGUCCACAGAGAAACUGGGAUGUCCAUUCAGCACUCUAUCACUCGGCACCCCAUGCCCAACCCUGUGCCCAGACCCACAGGUGGAGAAACUGAGGCAGGGACAGGGCCCUCCCCUCCCAGAGUCUCCAUGCUGGGAGGCCAGGAUGGAGAGCCAGAAGGGACCUGAGGCUCAUCCUGAGUCACUCACAGACUCCUCCAUGUACCUAGCAGGAGACUGAAGCCGGGAAGAGAAGAAGGAGCAACUGUCCAAGGCCUCACAGCAAGGCUGUUGUGGAGCUGGAAUAGAAACCAGGGGCCCUGACUGCCACCCCAGAGCCUAUGGAUUGCUACAUAGGGAGAUGAGGAGCACAUGGAAAGAGGGUUUGACAACCCUUCUCCAGGACACAACAGUUCCUGCUUUGAGCAAGGAUUUCUAGCCUGAUGCCAGAGUGCCCCACCUCCCUGCAGAUCCGCUGGGAUUAUCUGCUGAGCCAAGCCUCCAAAAUCAUGACCCUCUCCAUGGCCCAGCAGCUGCCUGAUUUCUGGGGAAGCAGAUGGCGCUUCUGGGGCCAGGCAGCUGGUCCUGGGACGGCUGUCUCUGGAGAAGUUCCCAAGAGAAACACACUGCCCCAGCAGCUUUGCCAGAGGUUUGCAUGGCAGGCGGGUGGGGGGUUGUCAAAGAUUCCCCCAAAGAGGACUGUGGAUUGGAAGAUGGAUUCUAGAUUGUGGCUGGUGCUGAUUGCAGA